UCAAUAAGGAAGGCUAAACCCAAAGCCUUUACCAUUGCCCCAUUGGGUACCAAAAACUCUUUCUUGCACUGCAAAGCCAACCCAGAAAAAACCCGAAUUCACAUAUAUAUUCAUAAGCAAAAUCUUGGGUCUUUUUAAAAUUUUUUAAUUUUCUUGAAAUAUCUGUUCAUCAUCACACGCAAAGUCCACGUAUGUAUAAGUUAUUGGUUUUACCAAUUUUUUUUUGUUUUUGUUUUUUUGUUUGUUUCUUGUCUAUUAUUUGAAGAUUCUGAGGCUGGUGGAUCGGUGAGAGGAACCCAUAUCUUGAUUUUGAGUUAGAUGUUAAUUCUUGGGGAGAAAAAUCGAUUCUUGGUUGCCUUUGAAGUCUACUCCAUUCUUUUCUUGAUGAUCAAGCUGUUGUUUGUGUUUCACAGGUUUUUGAAGAUUUUAAGGUUAGAUGUUGAUGAUUAGUAGAGGAGGAGGCUGAGGUGGGGCUGAAUUAUAUGGAUAAUCUGUGCUGUUUUGGUUCUCUUGCAGGAGGACGGGCAUCACAGGGCUCGGGCAAGGGGAAAAGCCAUCACUCGACCGCCAAGUAUGGAUUCAGCUUGGUUAAGGGGAAAGCGAGCCAUCCCAUGGAGGAUUACCACGUUGCUAAGUUUGUUCAGAUUCAAAGACACGAAGUAGGACUUUUUGCGAUUUAUGAUGGGCAUUUGGGAGAUACAGUUCCGGCUUAUUUACAAAAGCACUUACUUCCUAAUAUCUUGAAAGAGAGUGAGUUCUGGACUGAUCCACACCGAGCAAUCUUGAAAGCAUACGAGAGAACAGAUCAGGCAAUUCUUUCACACAAUCCCGAUCUAGGACGAGGUGGUUCAACUGCGGUCACUGCAAUUCUAAUAGACGGUCAGAAGUUGUGGGUCGCUAACGUCGGGGAUUCACGAGCAGUGCUUUCGAGACAGGGACAGGCCAUACAGUUGUCGAUUGAUCAUGAACCAAAUAAGGAGCGGGGUAGCAUCGAAAACAGAGGUGGUUUUGUCUCGAAUAUGCCAGGAGACGUUGCGAGAGUAAAUGGUCAACUUGCUGUUUCUCGUGCCUUUGGAGAUAAGAACUUGAAGUCGCACCUGCGAUCUGAUCCCGACGUUAGAAGUGCUGAAAUUGACAGGGAUACCGAGCUUCUCAUCCUUGCUAGCGACGGUCUCUGGAAGGUAAUGUCCAACCAAGAUGCAGUUGAUAUCGUGAAGAAGAUCAAGGACCCGCAGAAGGCUGCCAAGCAAUUAGCAAUGGAAGCGGUGAACAGAGACAGUAAAGACGAUAUCUCGUGCAUUGUUGUCAAGUUUUAGCGGUGAAGCCAUAAUAAUAAUUGAUCCCCCCCGUGUGCAGUAUAUAUUAAACGAGGACUAUUUUAGAACGACAGGAGCUUGCGGUUUCAGAGAAUCCUCGAGCACAGUAUGCUCGGGAAUACAUACAUUAUAUGCAUAUUUCUCCACCCCCCUUUUCUGUAAUAUUCAAAUUCUUUUUUACUCAGGUUGUGUGGUGGUUGUUUAUUGAUUUGUUGGACUUGUAGAUUCACACUAUACUUAGUUGUGUAAUUUGCCAUUCUCAAUCUUUCAUAAUACUUAGGUUGUCUGUCUGUUUGUCUCUCUCUGUGUUUUCCCAAGACUAAGCUGAGUAUUUGUAUAAGUUUUCUAAGGCUUUGGGGAGUUGAUAAGAUUGGAGCAGUUACAAUAACGGUUAAGAACGUUGGGUUGUUCUAA